CAAAAGGGUGCAAGACAUUCAUCCCACGGUCCCAAAUCCAUACAGCCUCCUGAGUUCCCUUCCGCCUAGUCACACUUGGUACUCAGUCCUGGAUCUCAAGGAUGCCUUUUUUUGCCUCAGACUACACCCCAACAGCCAGCCACUGUUCGCGUUCGAGUGGAGAGACCCAGAAAAAGGUAACACAGGUCAGCUGACCUGGACACGGCUGCCACAGGGGUUCAAAAACUCUCCCACUCUCUUCGACGAGGCCCUCCACCGAGAUUUAGCUCCUUUUAGGGCUCUCAACCCCCAGGUCACAUUACUCCAAUAUGUGGACGACCUCCUGGUGGCGGCUCCCACAUAUGAAGGCUGCAAAAAAGGGACACAGAAGCUCUUGCAGGAACUGAGUAAGUUGGGGUACCGGGUAUCAGCUAAAAAGGCCCAGUUAUGCCAGAAGGAGGUCACCUAUUUGGGGUACCUGCUCAAAGAGGGAAAAAGAUGGCUGACCGCGGCCCGGAAAGCUACAGUUAUGAAGAUCCCCACUCCCACAACCCCCAGGCAGGUCCGCGAAUUUCUGGGCACUGCCGGAUUCUGCAGGCUCUGGAUUCCUGGGUUUGCUUCCCUGGCUGCACCCUUGUACCCUCUGACAAGGGAAAACAUUCCUUUUACCUGGACUGAAAAGCAUCAAAAGGCUUUCGACCACAUAAAAGAAGCCUUGCUGUCUGCCCCCGCUUUGGCUCUCCCAGACCUCACCAAACCGUUUACUCUAUACGUAGAUGAAAGAGCCGGUGUGGCCCGAGGAGUGCUUACUCAGACCCUAGGACCAUGGCGACGGCCAGUAGCUUAUCUAUCAAAAAAACUGGAUCCAGUGGCCAGUGGGUGGCCAACCUGCCUAAAAGCGGUUGCUGCAGUGGCACUCCUCCUCAAAGACGCUGAUAAGUUAACCUUGGGGCAAAAUGUGACUGUGAUUGCUUCCCACAGCCUCGAAAGUAUCGUGCGGCAGCCCCCCAAUCGGUGGAUGACCAAUGCCAGAAUGACUCAUUACCAGAGUUUGCUGCUAAACGAAAGAAUAUCGUUCGCGCCCCCUGCUGUCCUGAACCCAGCUACCCUACUACCAGUCGAGUCAGAAUCCACUCCAGUACACCAGUGCUCAGAAAUCCUUGCUGAGGAAGCUGGGACUCGACGGGGCCUGAAGGACCAGCCAUUGCCCGGAGUGCCUGCCUGGUAUACAGACGGUAGCAGCUUCAUUGCGGAAGGUAAAUGGAGAGCAGGGGCCGCCAUCGUAGACGGCAAACGGACGGUGUGGGCAAGCAGCCUGCCAGAAGGGACAUCAGCCCAGAAGGCCGAGCUAAUAGCCUUAACGCAGGCAUUACGCUUAGCCGAAGGGAAAAACAUCAACAUCUACACGGACAGCAGGUAUGCUUUUGCCACUGCUCACAUUCAUGGGGCAAUAUAUAAACAGAGGGGAUUGCUCACUUCUGCUGGAAAAGACAUUAAAAAUAAACAAGAAAUUCUGGCUCUGCUAGAGGCCAUUCACCUCCCUAAGCAGGUCGCCAUUAUCCACUGCCCGGGCCACCAGAGAGGGAAUAACCCUGUGGCGGCCGGGAACCGGAGGGCUGACGAGGCUGCAAAACAAGCCGCCCUGUCGGUCAGGGUGCUAGCAGAAACUAUAAAGCUUCAAGAGCCAAUCGAGCCUGCUCAAGCUAGGACCAAGCCAAGAGAGCUCACUCCUGACCAGGGAAAAGAAUUCAUUCAGCGGUUACAUCAGCUAACACACUUAGGACCAGAAAAGCUCCUUCAACUAACGAGCCGCACCAGCCUCUCCAUCCCGAAUCUCCGGUCCACCGUUCAAGAAGUCGCCAAUCGGUGUCCGGCUUGCGCCAUGACUAAUGCGGCUACCACCUACCGAGAGACCGGAAAAAGACAACGGGGAGAUCGACCCGGCGUAUACUGGGAAGUAGACUUUACAGAGGCUUUAGAAGUUGUAAAAACCCAGAUCUGGGACCAGAUCAAGGAGGUAUACGAGCCAGGUGCCGUGGCCAUCCCUCAUCCGUUCCAGGUCGGAGACCAAGUGCUUGUUAGGCGCCAUCGGACCGGCAGCCUUGAGCCUCGGUGGAAAGGCCCGUACCUGGUGCUACUGACCACACCAACAGCGGUAAAAGUAGACGGCAUUGCAGCCCGGGUACAUGCUUCUCACCUCAAGCCUGCGCCACCCUCCGUACCAGAUGAAUCCUGGGAGCUGGAGAGGACUGAUAAUCCUCUUAAGUUGCGCAUUCGGCGGCGGCGGAGCAAGCCUACCAAGUAAUAACCCUAACCAGCCCAACACCCUCACCUGGCAGGUACUGUCCCAAACUGGAAAGGUUGUCUGGUUCAAGACAGAAGUCCACCCCCUUUGGACUUGGUGGCCCUCCCUUACCCCUGAUAUAUGUGCCCUGGCGGCGGGUCUCGAGGCUUGGGAUAUUCCAGAAAUUGAUGCACCGGCCUCUAAAAGAGUCAGGCCUCCUGACUCAAGCUAUGAAAAUGCUUAUAACCAGAUCAAAUAACUCCCCUUGGUUGACCACCCUACUGUCAACCAUCGCCGGGCCCCUAUUACUCCUCCUUCUGUUGUUCACCCUUGGGCCCUACGUCAUCAAUAGACUAGUCCAAUUCAUCAAUGAUAGGGUAAGUGCAGUUAAGAUUCUGGUCCUUAGGCAAAAAUACCAAACCUUAAAUGGCGAAGAUAACUUUUAAUUCCGCUCUAAGAUUAGAGCGAUCCACAAGAGAAAUGGGGGAAUGAAGGAAGUGCUUUUUACAAGGGUAUAGGGAAAGUACAGCCAAGAGGGCAGGUCUGAGAUAUCUGCAGUUAUGCACCUGGGCCCCAGCCCGGAGCCAAGGGCGGAUAGUUCCCAGAAAUAGACAAGUCAGUUAAAGUUUCAAGAGUGCCCCUCAGCUGUUUCAAGGACUCCCACUUGACCGAAGUUCACCCCUGGCUUGAUUUAAACUAACCAAUUACCUUGCUUCUCGCUUCUGUACCCGCGCUUUUUGCUAUAAAAAGGACCCAGGAGCUCU